AUGAGUGCUGCUAGUGAAUUAUGCAAACAACGUUUCAAAGGGGUCGAAAAUUUUCUUCGUAAAAUUGCCUUCAACUUAGGAAACAGUCCUUCGCAAACAGAAGUCAAGAUAAUAUCUUGCAUACCAAUCGACGUAACAGACUUACAGCAAAAAAUAAUUUCCCUGGAAAAAGAGCUUGAUGCAGUAAAGGCAACAAAACCGCAGACAGUUGUACAGACUGUAGCCUGCUCCACCAACGCUGCCAAUCCCCUUAAUGUUUACUGCCAGUCUAAUAAUGUCCAAACAGCGCAAAUAGAGCAAUGCGAGGGUGCUUACAUGAAGCAUAGCGGUUCAGGUAACUCUCUAAACGUAGAACCUUCUUGUAUGCACGAUUGUACCUGCUGCACCAACGAUAUCACUAAUAAAACGUCUAACCAACAAAUGGAGACCGACACGCAAUGUCAGGAGCAGAAUAUCUUCAAAAAAGGUAAGAUAAAAAACGCUCUCAAGAAAAAAGGGAAAGGCAAAACGCAUUUAGUGUAUUACACACAAACGGAGAGCGGUCCUUUUGUAAGUUAUCAAACCGUAAAAGAAGCUGAAAACAAGGAAGUCUUUGAGGGUAGUGACAUUGGUAUCAAUCAUGCUUACAUAAAUGAGAUGGUACAAAAACAAUAUGCAGCAGUACCCAUCUCCAAGGAAUUUCCAAUUACCGAUCAGAUUUCGUCACCCGUGUGCUGUGACGUGGACUCCGGCCAUUUCAAUCAAUAUGAUACGGAUAUAUGCUCUUGCUUACGUGGACCUUUUCACAACACUGAUAAUCACCAAACAAAAUUCGUCUCCGAUAAGCCACAGGUCACUUACGGCUGCAAUAUGAAUUCCAAUAAUACCGAUUUCUAUGACACGAGUCUCUAUGACAUGGUGCCUGUUAAAGAAAAACCUACUAAACCUUACACAUUACAAGAAACAAACAAAAGAAAAUUACUUAAAGGAGACAUGGACGAAACAUGCUUUCUAGAAAAAAAUCGCCAAAGGUACAGGUUACCCCCAUUUAUUGUCAAUUAUAGCCAAAUUCCAGAACUACCCGUUAUCUAUCCCAAAAAGUCACCAGUGAAAGGAAUUAAUAGGAAAGAAAGACAAGUGAAAGGGUUUGCUAAAAGAGAAAAGGUAAUGAGGGAACUAGAGAAGAAUCAACAAACCAUACAAACAUGUAGCAUUGAUUGCGGUGAUGUGUAUAUAAAAAGGUCACACAAUCACGGCACUGACAAACCACCACCUAUCAAUCCAAUAAUUCCAUUGAGUCACAAAAACGCCGAAUGCAUCACACACAGUGUGAAAGAUACAGAAUGUCAAACCACGACCUCUCAAAGUAUACAAAUAGACGACGAAUUCACUCACAACGAUAAAAAGACUGAAGAUACAUUGAAUCAAAUUAAGGUUAUAUUGCAAACUGUACUUACGGAGGUAAAAACAAGUAGUCAAGGGAAAAAAGUAACAGAUGAAAAAUCUACUAAAGACGCUGUUGUUCAGAAAGGUUUGUCUCAAGGAAUGAUGCCCGGGUGUUCCAGUUUGCUACAUAGUUACACUUACAGUCCACACAACAUGGAUCCAUACGCAGCUUCAUGUUCACGACCCAUUUAUCCCGGCGUUGUCUAUCCAAAUGUGCCGUAUGCAUCUGGGAAAUGUUUGCACAAUUUUCCUGUUUUUAUUCAGAGUCCAAUGCGUAACAUGUGUUCAUGCUAUAGAAACAGUUCUACUGCUAAAGAGAUCAAACCUAAGCAUGGAGCGACCACUGCUACCAACACAGAGGCCAAGGAGCGGGAUAAAGAAACGCAAAAAUUGAUAAAAGAAAUUUACAAAUCGGUGAAAUUAAACAUGGAAAUACCUAAGGAUACCUCCACCAGUGAAUACGAAGGCGUUAAAUCUACACCGCAUCAUUCUUUUGAGAAAUCUUUCGACGUCGGUAGCGUUCGCGCAGAAAGUAUAAAGAUAUUUGUAAAGUCUAAUACAGACGCAAAAAACCCAACCAAUCAAAAAGCAGCAACAAUUAUUCCAACUUUACACGAUAAACCGACUUCCAACACCAUGAGCUCACAAUCGCACGCAAUAAGCACGACAGACACCGAACAGUAUUUAAGACACAAUCGCAUAGAAAACUAUUUAGAAAUUUUGGAAGCUCAGAAAUUGAAACACAAUAAAAUCACCGAGGAGUACGAAGGAUCUUCGCCUAGCGUCAGCGAAGAUUCCUCAGAGGGGAGUGAGGACACGGCUAUACCAAUGACCGAACCGCAGAAGAAACCGGAAAAGAGGAGUCUAUUUAGCAAAAUGUUCAAAGGGCCUUUUAAACUUUUCAAAAGUAAACCUAAAAAGAAAGAGGAGGAAAUACAAGUGGAAAACGAAACAGAAGAAGACUCAGAAGGUGAAUCGGACGACUACCAAACUAUUUACAGUCAUAAUGAAGUAAACAGAGCUCGACACCAUUUCCCGUAUCCUGUUCGAAGUCCGAUAAAAGAGAAGGGUCGCUAUAGAAAACCCUUACCUCGACACAUACGAGACAUGAAUCAGGAGAGGCAGAGAAGGUCUCCUUACUUGGAACAAGAAUACAGGAGACAGUGGGAUGAGAAAUUGAUGUUCCAUGAAAACCAGCACAGACGCUCUUCUGAGGAUCCCCGUUCGAAUGAGAGUGAUCCCCGAAAGAUCAACCCAAAGUACUGGCGAGACUAUCAGGCCAUGAGCGCUCGAGUCAAUCGUAACCGCCUAGUGGACGCAGCGGUCACUCCAUCGGUACCUUUUCAUACUAUGAACAGAGGACUCACUCUACGGAUCCCCAGACGAUCUAGCGGUCCCAAAGUCAAAACGACUCCGAAGACCAUCGCCUGGCUCAAGAAGCACAAACCCGCUUGCUGCGGCCAAUGGAAAAAACUUAUACUCGAAGGUUAAAACGUUCCGCGUGACAUUUUGUGAUUAAUUUUAAAAUUUCUAAUGUCAGUGUAAUAACAAAUUGUGUUAAUAAAAAUUAUUCGUGAUAUGUAUUUCAUAAAUAAUUUAUUAUUUAUUUAAAUAGAUUUAAUUUAAAAAUAUGUACAACGUGACUAGAAUGCUUAUGUUAACUUUAAAUUAGUUUUCUCGUUUAAUCUCGUCGACUGCAAAUAGUAUAAAUCGUCAAUCACAAAUCUGCAACAAAAAAAUAUAUCGUCAUUUAAAACCCAAUUAAAACAGCCGAGAAACCGGGUAGGAUAGAUAGAUAAAUAGAUGCCGUAACAUUCCUUCCUUACAUAUCAUGGCCAUUGAGCAGAAAAAGCUUGUCGCGAUAUUCGUAUCGGAACUGCGUGUGUUUUAAAUUAACAGAAACCAUUUUUUUUUCGUUUAGAGUUUGA